AUGCCAGAAUCAAUGGAAAUUCUGAAAUCAAAAAGUUGCGAUUUUAUGAAACCAUUAGACAACAAUAUUCCAUUUACAUUUUGUGAUUAUGAAACUGAAAAAGUGGCGAUUCUUGGAAGAAGGAAUAAAAUUGGAAAAGCGAUUGAAAUGUUUGAUGUGAAAUGUGAUAGAAAUUGGGAUUGUCAGGCAAAUUCGGUUUGUGUGAAUUUUAUGAAAGGUAAAAAAUGUGCAAGACAUCCGGUAAGUUUUUUCUUGAAAUUUUUGAAACAGAUUUCCCCCAAAUUUCAAUACACUUUUUUGGAAAUAAAACUUCGAAAAAAAUGUUCAUCAAAAAAAUAACUGUUUCAAAAAUUUGCUAAAUUUUGGAAAUUUUUCUACGAACGAUUCUUCUGCAACCAACUCUUGAAAAAAAAGAUAGUUUCCCAGAAAUUUUCUAUUACAUAUUUUUUGAAAAUUGUGAUCAUUUGAAUUUUAAGAUAUUCAAAAGAUAUUUUUCUCAAAAAAAUUGGUGCCUAACUUUUAUUUUCCAAGAUUUUUUCCCAAUUUUUUUAAAGAAAAUAUUUUUUUUUGAAAAUAAAAUUAAUUACUGCUUCAAAACGUCUCUUUAAAAGUAGACCCUCUUAUUUUUCAGAACUACAAAUUGUAUGAAAACCCCAAAAAUCUUGAUUCCACCGAUUCUGCCACAAAAUCAAGCAAAAAGUCAAUUCACAGGGAGAGGGAUAUCAUCCGAAAUUAUUUUUAUCGACAACUUUUCGCAUUUUUAGUAGCUGUAAUGGUAAUUUUUAUUUAA